UUCCAAAACACCAUUAUUUGGAGCACUACCCCCAGAUGAUUAGGCUGUUUGGUCCAAUUGUUGGGCAGUGGACAAUGCGCUUUGAGGCUAAGCAUAGCUUUUUUAAGCAGGUUAUCAGACACACAAGCUGCUUCAAGAAUGUGCCACUCUCAUUAGCCUCAAAGCAUCAGGUGAUGAUUGCAUACCAUCUGAGCUCUCCGUUUCUGAGCAAGUCUGACCUAGAGGUCUCUGCUAUAUCCACUCUACCAGUAGACUUACUCAAAGAGGAGAUAGCCCAAGUCAUCAGGAAAAAGUUCUCUGACACACCUGAGGUUCACCUUGCACAGUGUGUGACAACCAAGGGUAUAACAUAUAGGAAGGGAAUGAUACUGGCCCACAGAGCAGUGGGUGGAAUGCCUGAAUUCAGUGAAAUUGACCAAAUCUGCAUUUUACAUGAGAGUAUAUUCUGUAUUGUCAAAGAGCUAUGUGGUUGGUACAGAGAGCAUUAUAGAGCCUUUGAACUCAGCCAAGCACCCACAAGAACAUUCACUGUCGUGGCACUCAGUGAACUCCUUGAUACUUGUCCCCUUGUUGACUACAAGAUUGGAGCAACCCGCAUGGUGACUUUGAAAAGGCAUAUUGAAAUCAAAGCUUUGAAGAUGGGGACUCCUGUGAUCCUUAAGAUCGUCUUGACUGAUGGCAGCUCUCAGAGGUUGACUCUUUCCCAUGGACUCCCUGCAUCCAUUGAUGACCUUAUGAUUGAAGUCAAGAAACAGUGUGGACUUCAGGGCAAUUUUCGACUUCAAUUUAUGGAUUCCGUUUGGAAAUGAGUUCCUCAACCUUACCUCAAUUUCAGAAGUAGAAGACAAAGGUACUCUUAGAGUCAUUGAUAUGGCAAUGCCCCCAACUUUGCCGUAUAAUAAUGAGAUGGGUUCUCCAGUCCUAAUACCCCAAGCAUUCAACCCUUUGUCUUCCUCUGUAAGUGACUCUUCGUCCCUCUCAGCUGAAUCUGUGGAUACAGAUGUACUGUCAUCGAGUGAGUCGACGAGCUCGCGGUCUUCUUGGCCAGCUGUUUUUCAUGUGCCUAAGUUCUCCUAUGAUGCUGAAUUAAAACUUCAGCAGGCAAGUUUAGCCUAUAUUCGAAACGGCACUGUACUGAUUCCAGAUCCCAAGUUGAAGUCAGCCAUCCUUGAUGGUUUAGUGCAGGAAAUUGUACAGUAUAAAGUUUAUGUCAGUGAUAAGGAGAUGGAACAGGUAGCCCAGAGUCUUAUCAAGACACAUCCAUGUUUAACUGAGAAGGGGUCCUGCAGUGGAUGUGGCGGAUGGAAGACCAGUUUAAAAUAUAAACUAUCUAACUACCGCACACACCUGAGAAAACUGGGUUGCCCAGAGGUAACAGUGAACUCUUUAAAAAACAAACCUGCAGGAAGAUGCAGUGCAGCCUUUGGUGUCAAAAAGGCAAAGAGAGCAGAGGUGAAUUUUUGCCCGACAUACCCAACAGCAGAAACUGAGGAGAGUCUUGAGGCCAUGCAGAAAGCUCUACUAUUAGAUGUAAAGAAGAGGAACAACAGGGAGGUUGUGAAACUCAAGAUGGAAAAGACUUUUGCACACAGAAGACAUGAAGUAGUUCGUGAUGGACCAACGGUGGAGGAUUUCAUGGCGAGGUGGCCUGCCCUAUUUGACGUCACUGAGAUCAACGCUGAAUUCAAGAGAAUCACCACCGUCCCACUUCAAUCCAAGUUCCUGUCUCAGCUGGAUCUCCACUCUGACAACCUGAUGAGGCUGUUCCAAAACAGAGGAGGACAGCUAGGGAAAAGGCUACAAAGAAUCAUUGCACAAAUGGCAGAUUGUGAUGAUGUAGAUACUGGACGAGAGUGUAUCAUUAAGGGAGUCUGUAUCUACAUGGGUGAAGAUCCAGAAAACCUUGUGCGGGAAUAUGUGGGCAUGGAUAAAGACGCCAUAAAUGAGGCUAUUGAAGACACCAUUGUUGGGAUUUUUGUUCUUAAAGAACAUGCUUCAAGUGAUGAACCAGAGGACAUUGGAAUCGUCCUUGAAGGCAUCAAGGUGUUGCAAGAUCUGGAUACGGUAGCAUUAGCUGUUGCCAUGCUGUUCGGACUGAUUUAUGCCUUAAACCUGAGUUACCCUGCUGACCUUCGGUACACCUUCGAGGUAGUCCAAAAGAUUUUCAUGGAACUGGAUGGAAGUAAACUUUCUAACAAAGCACUGGCUCUAAAAAACCGGCUCUUUCAGUAAAAGGGUCAGGAUACAGUGCCAGCAACAUUAGACCACAAGACAUUUGAAUUGUCGUCAAAGACAACUUUGAUAUUGUUAUACCAAUUGGACUGCUUUAUAUUUUCUCUUGAUUACUGUUUAAAAAUGGGUUGUUAACAUUUUCAUUUACUGGUCUGAGUCACCUUAAACCUCUGCAAUAUAUUGUAUUUGAUGCUUUGAAUACUCUCACAACUCCGUAUACAAGGUUAAGAGAUCUAUAUAUUUGUUCCUUAGUUCAAAACAAAUGUUUACGAAGUGUUGUUUACUUUUUUUCAUAAAGAUAUACUGUUAGCACAGUAAAAAUGGUGUAUGCAGGGUCGGAUGUAAACUGUCUAAUAAAGCACUUGCUCCAAAAUACAGGCACGUCAGAGACUACACUGCCUGUAACAUGAGGACACAAGACAUUUCAAUUGUUGUCAAAGGCAUCUUAUACCAUUUGCACUGCCUUAUCAUUUACUCUUGUUGACUGUUAAAAAUGUUAAUUCCAUUUGCUGCUUGGAGUCACCUUAAAAACUUUAGCAAUAUAUUGUAUGUGUUGCUUUGAAUCCUCUGACAACUGUGAAUACAAGGUUUAGAUGCGUUCUUCAGGAAGAACUGAUUACUUUGUUUGUUGUAAAUUAAUACUGCUACCUGUUGGCACAGAGAAAAUGGAGUAUGUAGGUGUGGGAGUAAACCUUCUAAGAAAAGCUCUAAAAAAUAGGCCCUCAGUGCCAGCAACAUUUGAACACAAGACAUUUGGUUUAGUUAAGGGAAACGUUUUAUUCAUGUUUUGUAUUUGCUCCUAGGAAUGCACAACUUGUAACAGUUGAAAUCAGCAAACACAACUGCAGUCCUCUUUUUGGAUAAAGUUUGUAUUGUUCAAUAUAACGAACGUUUAGUGCAAAA